AUGCGGGUGAAAGAACCUUCCAAAGCUUUACCCGAGAAAGCAAAAAGAAGUAAAAGGCCUGCUAUACCUCGUGAUGAAGACUCUUCAGACGACAUUGCUGUAGGUUUCACUUGCCCACAUGUAAAUCUUGCCAUCAGUGUGAAUCAUGUGAAGAAAGCAAUAGCUGAGAAUGUGUGGUCAGUUUGCUCCGACUGUUUAAGGGAAAGAAGAUUCUGUGAUGGGCAGCCAGUACUUUCCUCUGACAUUUGGUUGUGCCUCAAGUGUGGUUUUCAGGGAUGCGGUAGAAACUCAGAAAGCCAUCAUUCAGUGAAGCACUACAAGAAUCAGAGAACAGAAUCUCAUUGUAUUACAAUUAGUCUGAGCACAUGGAUUAUAUGGUGUUACGAAUGUGAUGAAAAAUUAUCAACACACUGUAAUAAGAAGGUUUUGGCUCAAACAGUUGAUUUUCUCCAGAAACAUGUUUCUAAAACACAAACAAGUGCAUUCUCUAGAAUCUUAAAACUUUGUGAAGAAAAAUAUGAAGCAGGUGAAAAAAAGAAAGGAAGAAAAGGCAACAGUGUAACACCUGUGAAAGGAAUUACAAAUUUAGGAAAUACUUGCUUUUUCAAUGCAGUCAUGCAGAACUUGGCACAAUCUUAUAUUCUUUCAGAACUGAUGAAUGAGAGCAAAGAAAAUGGUACAAAACUCAAGAUUUUUCCUUCCUCAGACUCUCACCUGGACCCAUUAAUGGUGGAACUUUCAAGCCCUGGACCAUUGACCUCAGCCCUGUUCCUGUUUCUUCAUAGCAUGAAGGAGACUGAAAAAGGACCACUUUCUCCUAAAGUUCUUUUUAAUCAGCUUUGUCAGAAGGCCCCUCGAUUUAAAGGUUUCCAGCAACAGGACAGUCAGGAACUACUGCAUUAUCUGCUGGAUGCGGUGAGAACAGAAGAAACAAAGAGAAUACAAGCUGGCAUCCUAAAAGCAUUUAACAACCCAACUACUAAAACUGCUGAUGAUGAUACUAAAAAAAAGGUCAAAGCAUAUGGAAGAGAAGGUGUGAAAAUGAACUUCAUAGAUCGGAUCUUUAUUGGUGAAUUAACUAGCACAGUCAUGUGUGAAGAAUGUGCAAAUAUCUCCACAGUGAAAGAUCCUUUUAUUGAUAUUUCACUUCCUAUAAUAGAAGAAAGGGUUUCAAAACCUGUACUUUUGGGAAGAAUGAAUAAAUGUAGAAGUUUACAGGCAACAGAUACUGGUCAGUACAGUGACACUGUUACUAUAGAAAAUGUUCAGCAACCCAGAGCCACCAAGAACCAGUCUUCAUCUAAAGAUAAGAAUCAACUAGUUCACGGCAGAAAAUGUGUAAGAAAAUUACCAUCUGGAGAAGAUAGAGUGGCCGUCAUAUGCCGAGAAUAUGAAAACCCUGGGAUGAGCGGAGAUUCCUCAGUGUGUGCAGGCGUCGUGAGUACUGAGGCAGCUCUGGCCGAAAGCCCUACUGAUGGCAGCGAAAAAGAAGCCAGCCCUUCCGAAAGUAGUGCUGAUGCUGACAGUGAGGCUUCAGAAUCGGAAAGUACUUCUCAGCAGGCUGUCCUGUUGAGGUCUAGAAGUGGAUGCUGUGCGCACAAAAAUGGACCCCCUCCCCAGCGGCCACUCACCAAGGAGACUGGCAGCGGUGACGAGGGAGUGGCUGAAGCUAUUUCUGAACUCUAUUUGAGCAGCACUGUAACUGGAGAUAGAGAUCUUGACAGAGAAAAUAAGCCACCAGAUGUUCCAAAUAAUUUGUGUUCAUCACAGGAGAAGUAUGUGUUGUCUCCUAGCCCCCAAAAGGCUUUUCUUUCCCUUUCUCAGAGCUAUAUAACUACUUCUAAAGAAUGCUCAGUUCAGUCCUGUCUCUACCAGUUUACAUCUAUGGAAUUACUAAUGGGGAAUAACAAGCUUCUAUGUGAGAAUUGUACUGAAAAGAAACAGAAGUACCAAAAGGAAACCAUUUCUGCAGAAAAGAAAGCAGAAGGGGUUUAUACUAAUGCCAGGAAGCAAUUGCUCAUUUCUGCUAUUCCAGCAAACCUAAUUCUCCAUCUUAAAAGAUUCCAUCAGGCUGGCUUGAAUCUUCGAAAAGUAAACAGACAUGUCGAUUUUCCACUUAUUCUUGAUUUGGCACCAUUCUGUUCUGCUACUUGUAAGAAUGUAAAUGUGGGAGAUAAAGUUCUCUAUGGUCUCUAUGGCGUAGUGGAACACAGUGGCUCAAUGAGAGGAGGUCACUACACGGCUUAUGUGAAAGUGAGAGCACCCUCCAGGAAAUUAUUGGAGCAUAUCACUGGAAAGAAAAAUGUACCUGAUUUGAAAGAACCUGACAGUGAAUCGGCAGACCAAUGGGUCCAUGUUAGUGACACUUACGUGCAAGUGGUUCCAGAAUCAAGAGCACUUAGUGCACAAGCAUACCUUCUUUUUUAUGAAAGAAUAUUAUAA